AUGGCUUCAUCAUAUAACCUUUUGUUUAUUGCAUGGUUAAAGCGAAAAGAUGGAACAUCUUUUAAAGUAGAGUUAGUUCAUAACUGUUAUGCAGCCUUGGCAUGCUAUUUAAGAGAACAUAGUGCAAUUGAAAGUGGAAUGCGUUUAUGGGAUAAAUAUUACUUUCCUAAAGCAUUAAAAUGUCUUGAUGAAAAAAUGCGUUUAUUACAAAUAGAUGGAUAUGGUGAUACAAAUUCAAGUGAUGCCUUAACUUCUGAUGAAAUUACUGCUUGUUUGAAUUAUAAUUACCUUUUAGUUACAAAUAAUGAAGGGUUAACAAGACGAAUUUUUUUUUGGUUAUCAUUAUUGUGUGGCCUUUGUAGAGGAGAUACAAGUAAUUUGCAGUAUCAUAAUGUCAAAUCUUGA